AUGUCGACGCCAAACCGCUCGCUGCCUGGCCAGGAUGAACAGCGCCCAUCGUUCCUAAGUGGGUCCGCAGCCUCACCCCAGUCAGCCGCACCAUCUGUCUCGAGCCACCCUGGAGCUGGCCGUGCGUCGUCUGGGGCUUCGUCACUAGAGACGCAGCAUGCGGCAAUUCAGUCUAUCCUGUUCACCGAUCAUGAGCAGUUCGAGGCUCUAUCGUCGGAGAUACAGCAGAAGGUCCUUGCGGCAUUUGACUGGCUCUUGCUCUCUCCGGAAACACAGGACAGUCUAGGAGCAAAGCAACGCGCAAAGCAGGCCGAAGCUAACGCGAGGCAAGCCGAGGCUGACUGGUUGGCCAAGGCCAUACGCUCCAUCGAGGAGGCCGACCAGGACGCCAUCAGCUUCCUACACAGCGUUUUGCUGAGCGAUGACGGUGAACCUGGCUCGCCUGGCAUGGAUUCAGACGCCAACUGA